CACUUCCCCUAGCGCGGUGGCGGUCCUGGAAAAUAAGAGCCAGGCUGUGAGUGUGUGUGUGCUGUGGCACAGAUGCAAGGAUAUUAAAAUUAUAUUAUUGCGCUACUGCGGGGUGGGAAAAUGGGAGGAAGUGAGAGAGGGCAGGAAGUUUUAAUAUCACAGCAUGCUAUGAGUGCGGGCGCAGCAUCCUUGCACACACAAGGAUCAUGGUUUGGUCCCGGCUGCUGAGAUGAACUUUAGUCUUUCGCCGGAGCUCGAAUCGAUUGGACUAACUUUUCUGACUUUCUUCCCGGAUUUGGCACGUGACUUUGGAAAAUCCGUCGGGAAGGUGUGAAGUGCAAAUGAUGACUAGUUUUCCAAGUGACCCUCAUCAUCACUGGGAGAGUACAAACGGUCAUAUGGAGCCCCCGUUUCCGCCGGAAGUGUCACCGUUCACACCCAUUUGGAGCCAGGAUAACCCGUCGCCGAUGGUGCACUAUCCGGAGCUGAUGGCCGCCGGAUUCCCCUGUGCAGAUUUGGCCAUUUGGCCCCGCCAGCAAGUGGGCAGUUUCGUGGCCCAGCGCCUGUCGCCACGUGGUGCCCAACCGGCGUCAACCUCGAGCUCGAAGAAAACACGCCGCCGGGUGGCAUCGAUGGCCCAACGGAGGGCCGCAAACAUUCGCGAACGACGCCGGAUGUUUAACCUAAACGAGGCGUUCGACAAACUCCGACGGAAGGUGCCAACAUUUGCCUACGAAAAGCGACUUUCUCGAAUUGAGACGCUCCGGCUGGCAAUCACCUACAUUGGGUUCAUGUCGGAACUGCUGAACGGAACGCCAACCCACGACGGACGAUCGCCGGAGUUGUACCCGAACCUGAUGACAUCAGAAACUGAGGUGAAAUCGCCCAUCCCGGACUGGCUGAAUGAGCAGUUUUUCGAGGACAUUUUCGUGGAGAAGCACGGCCUGGAGCGGGGUCAAUUCGUGGUCAAGGUCAGGGCCAUCAUUCCGACGGGGGGCGCCGGCGAGAAUUACACCUCGACGCUUUACCGUGCCAACGUGGAUGCUGAGUGUGGCGACGGAACAACCAAAAAUUUAGCCGUUAUCAUUAAGGCAAUGAUUUCGGUUCCGGCCCUGAAGGAAUUCGGAGUGUUCACGAAGGAGAAGUUCGCCUACGACACGGUUCUGCCCAAAAUGGAAGCCGAGUGGGCCAAGGCGGGAACGGAGAUUCAGUUUGGAUCGCGCUGCUGGAAGACGAUCGAGGGUGAGGUGGACAUCAUCGUGCUGGAUGACCUGUGCGCCUCGGGUUACCAGGUGGCCAACCGACAGAAGGGAGCCGAUUUUAAGCAUGCCCACUUGCUGUUGGCCAAAUUGGCCAAGUAUCAUGCGGCGACGGCGGUGGAUUACAGGAAGAAUGGACCAAUCAACCCACUGUUCAACAAUGGAAUGGUACAAGAAACAGCAAGAGAUUUUUUCGACAAAUUCCUCAACGCUAUAACGCCAGUAUUUUUGGACUCUCUCAGUUCCUGGGAUGAGUGUGACAAAUUCAAACCCAAAAUGACCAGAAACAUGAAAGACACUUUCGACAAAUUGUUUGAAGCGACCAAGAAAGAUGAUUCAGGAUUUGUUGCACUUUGCCACGGUGAUGUUUGGACGAACAAUCACAUGUUCAGCUACCACGAGUCGGGUGAUCCUAGGGAUGUCCUGUUGAUUGACUUCCAAGGCCCGUACUACGGUUCGCCAGUGCUGGAACUAUUCUACUACAUCGUUUCCUCAACAACGCUGGAGCUGAAAACUAAUCACUUUGACGAGCUGAUCCAAUUCUACCAGAAUCAACUGGCGGAAAGCCUUCGAAAGCUGGACUACCCAGAGCGGAUUCCCACCCUGAGGGACAUCCACAUCGAGAUGCUGAGGCGGGCCUACUUCGGAAUGCAAUGUCUGUACGGAAUCCUGCCGGUGGUGCUGGCCAACAAGAGUGAAAAUGCCAAUUUUGCCGGUUUUGUUGGGGAGGAGGAGGAAAAUGUGCAGUUUCGGCACGAUGUGUUCAACAAUCCUCUGUACCAUCAACAUUUGAGACCGCUGCUGAAGAUGUUUGAUCUGCGGGGGUAUUUGGAUCAUGAAUGAAGUGGAGUUUAAUGUUAUACUUUGGAAUAUGAAAGAUUAUAAUAAGAGCAAAUAAAGUGCAAAAGGUCA